AAGCAUCUGAAAUUUUAAAAAUCUUGAAUAAAAUCGUUUUAUUAAAGUUAAAAACAUAAACAAAUUUCAAUUUAUGAAUUCUUUUUAUCAUCAAUGAAAAGAAGUUUAUCCAUCCAAAAUUUAUGUGCUGAUCUAAAAUAUCAAAUGCUCAUUCCCAUGGUUCAACAAGUAUUAGAUAUCAGAUAUACCGCCUAAAGGAGAAUUUUUGUACUAUUCCAAUGCCAAGAACUCGUUCCGAGAUCCACUUAUUAGAUAUACUUGAUAAUAGAGCUUGAUUUUGGUAAGAUUUGUAUUUUACAAUUUAAAAUUACGCCUACUACUACUUUCAAAAUAAUAGUUACAAAAAAAAUUAACAUUUUUAAUUUUAUAAAUAUGUAACACCCUCUUUUAUAUCAUGUAAUGAUGCCCCUUGUAGACGUCUAUACGUCAAAGAUACUUAUGUUUGUUUUCCUCUAAAGUCCUCGGCUCUCGAAAAGCUCAAGAAAGAAGCAAUAUUUUAUGUGGCUUGAAGAGACAAGGAUGAGGAGUGAAAUUUCCACAAAAAACUGACAAAAGGAAGGGCUUAAUAUACUUCUAUAUAAAUACUUAUGCUUGUUUUCCUCCUCAGUUCAGAAAAGAAGCAAUAUUUUGAAUGUCUACUAGCAGAAGAGACAACGAUGAGGCCGAACCUCAAAGAGGAUAUUGGAGAUGGAGCAAACAAGAUUUCUUGCCAGAGGAGUCCUUCCAAAGCUGGAACAACUACGUUUCUGCCCUCUCACACACAUGGAUAAGGUUCAAGGAUAGUCUUUUCAGCAGAUCAGAUGAUGCCACUGAGACAGAAGAACUCAAGAAACAACGUGAACAUGACAUGAAACGUUGCCUCAACUGGUGGGAUCUCACAUGGAUAGGUUUUGGUUCAGUGGUUGGAGCAGGAAUCUUUGUGCUCACUGGUCAAGAAGCUCAUUACCAUGCUGGAGCAGCAAUUGUUUUAUCCUAUGUUGCCUCAGGCUUCUCAGCAAUGCUUUCGGUUUUCUGCUACACUGAGUUUGCCGUAGAAGUUCCAUCAGCA